CAGAGAAAUGUCCAUUCUCCCUUUAUGUCUCGGUCUCCUUUUGGUCUCAUUUGGACAAUGCGUCCAAGUGGAAUUUUACAACCAAGCCGAUUUCAUCAACACUGAUGAAAUGGGCAGGGCCGUUACAAUUAAUGACACCAAGUGUGCAUCGGAAAAUUUUGCAUCGAACGUGGCAAAAUGCUGCAACACUCCGAUGCCACCUCUGCUGAGCAAGACGCUCAUUUCUAGCACUUGCACAAAAUCCUUUGGCUCGGCAGGAGUUACUUGGCUGAACUCGUACAAGAUCAACUCGCUUCAAGCGAAAACCGUCCACCUUGUGCCCCUGCCCCUAAGCAAAGCAGCCCAGGCGGCAAUCUGCAAGCCGGCGCAACUUGCCGAGUGCGUUUUUAAGGCAAAUUCUUGGAUGGAUGCAAAUGGAAAUCUUGACAUCGUACGUUUCAAAAAGGAUGUUUCGGCAGAUAAAAAUUCUGCUUGGGUCACAACCUUGGAAGGCAUUCUAGACCCAAUCAGCAGUGGUGCCGUUUUUAAUGCUUAUCCCAUCACAGAUAUUAUCCAAGAUGGUUACGAGACGAUUAAUUGCACAGUAAAAAAUUCCGUCGUGAAAGUAAAUGGUGUGCCUUUGAUGUUGCUGCAGCUGCUUCAGUCAGAAAUUUUAUGGAUGUGCCCUGAACAGAAAACAUUCACCAAUGCAAAUAAGUGCAUGACGACGUUGAGGAAGUUCCAAUUCUGCGACGGCAGACUUUUUGACUCAACUGGUCGGGGCGUGUACUUUUUCUCAACCGUCUAAUUCAGUUUAAAAUUGGUUUUAUUUGAAGAAAUAAAAU